AUCUAGGGCUUUGGAUGAAGAAAUAAAUAAAGAAGAAACUAAAGAUUCAGUGAAAGAUGUAAUUAGUGGUGAACAACAUAUCAUUCUUGUACUAACAACAGCACAAGAUGAUUUUCUUGAAACUAAACCUAUUCUCCAUCUCAAAAUCUUGUUGAGAUGAGUAAUUGGAGGGAUCUUAUUUUAGGCGAUUUUGAUUUUGAUACCCUAGAAAUGAUGAUCAUAAAAUUCUGGGGGAAAUGGUGCGAUUCAGUAAAAGAGGAGGUAUGUCAAGUUCAUUCCUUAACCCUUUCUAUGUCUCAUUCUGAACUAGUGGGCAAAGGUAGUACUGAACUGGAUGAUUCAUUCAUUGCUGAAAAAAAUAAAGAAAAGCAGAUUUAUUCUAAAGAUUCAGCAAAAGAGGAGGUAUGUCAGGUUCAUUCUUUACCCCCAUUUAUGUCUCAAUUGGUAAAUGCUGUAGUCACAAGAUGAUUUUCUUGAAACUAAUUCAAUUUCUCCAUCUCAAAAUCUUGUUGAGAUGAGUAAUUGGGAUCUUUGGAUGAUCCAGAUUAGUGGUAGUAGUAAUGGAACAUUGGUGGAAAUAGGAAGUAGUUGCAUUGUUAAUGGAAAUGGCUGUGGAAGGAAAGUAAUGAGGAGAUGCAUUUCUUUGGGUAAAAAGGGCUAGAAUUGGCUGUGAUGAGAUUAAAUGGGGGAAGUGCUCAGCCUCAGGUAGCAGUAGUAAUAAUGGAAUGUCUUCGGAAAUCGGAAGUACUCACAUUGUUAGUGGAUAUGGCUGUGCAAGGAAAGAAAUGGUGAGUUCCAUUGCUUUGGUAAGAAAAGGGCUGGAUAUUGUUUUGAGAACAUAAGGCAACAAGUCGAGAAAUGUUCCAGGAGAGAGUUUACUGAAACAAGCUUGAAGAAAGAUGUUUUGAGUAAGUUUGUUGAAGCUAGAAAUGUCUUCUGUCAAAAGAAUUUGGAUGCAAGUUAUUCAAGUGAAGAAAUGGAAGUGCUGAGGUUUGAAAAUUCAUAUCAACAGAGUCAGAUAUGGCGAGAGAUUACUCUGGGUUGGGUCCUAUUGUGGCCAAACAACUUAAUCUUUUGGCAGAGGCUAGGAAGAAUGGUAAGGCCAUCACUGACCAACAACAGCAACAUCACCAUCCCCAGCCGCAUCACCAACACCCACGACAACACCAGCAACAUCACCGAUACCCACUGCAACAUCACCAAUACUCACAGCAGCAGCAGCAACACCACCAACACCCAAGGAAACCUCGGCAGCAUCAACACCAACUUGCUGGGUUGCACAGAGAGGAUACCUCAUUUCUAGGUGCUGGCACUGCCAUAGGGAGACCAAUCCACUUGUGAAUCAACAUGAAGAAUGCCCGAACAAACUGCUAUGUCUCUUAUGCUCAUCAUAUACCAGUAUACUACAACAUGAGUCAUUAAACUCAACUGACUACGCGGAUACAGCCACGUCCCAGUACAUGUACAUGAUAUGCCUACUGUUACCCAUAUUCAGCCGACUUGUGAAGAAGAUAUUAUAUGUUUCAACUGUACAGCAUUGAGAAAACCGUAUGGUAGACGUUAACAAACUCGUACUCUAUAAAUACGUGUAUUCCUUGUGUGAAUCAAACAAACUUUCUUUUGUUUAUAAAUGCGUG